AUGGACCCAUCAAGCACCAUUCCAAUCGUGGACUUUGCCCGGUGGAACUCCGACGCCCCUAGCCGUCUGCGUGUCGCCCAAGAUAUAGUUGCCGCUUGCCAGAAAGUGGGGUUUGUCUACAUCGUCAACCAUUCGUUGCCGGAGUCUCUCCUGGAUGAGGCUUUCCACUGGUCCCAGCUCUUCUUCAAUCUCCCUCAAGAAGAGAAGCUCAAGGCCCCUCAUCCAGAAGGAUGGGCGAUCCACAGGGGUUAUUCUUGGCCGGGCCUAGAGAAGGUGUCAGGGCUAGAAGCGACGAGCGCAGGUGAUGAUGAGGAGCGGGCAAAGGAGCUACGGGAGGUUCCCGAUAUCAAGGAAAGCUACGAUAUCGGCAGCGAAAAUAAUCCCACCCAGCCAAACCAAUGGAUUCCCGAAGAAACCCUUCCAGGCUUCCGCUCCUUCAUGACACGAUUCUAUUCCGAAUGCUUCCGCAUGGGUGGAGAAAUCCUGCAAGCUCUAGCUAUCGGCCUCGACCUCGACGAGAACCACCUGCUCAACAAGCACUCAGGCCUUAACAACCAGCUCCGUCUCCUACACUAUCCACCCGUUCCAGCUGCAGCUCUGGAGAAUGACCGUGCGGCUCGCUGCCCGGCGCAUACGGACUGGAGCUCGAUCACUCUGCUCUUCCAGGAUGACUGCGGUGGUCUGGAGGUGGAGGACGUUCAUCGCCCGGGGACAUUUGUUCCUGCGACCCCCAUUAAGAAUGCCAUUGUGAUGAAUGUGGGCGAUCUCUUACAGCGAUGGAGUAAUGAUGCAGAUCGGUUGAGAUCGACUAGCCAUCGGGUUACAUUGCCGCCAAUGGUAGAUAGAUUUGAGGGGCAAGAGAGAAUGACUAGGAAGCGGUUCUCAAUCCCGUAUUUCCUAUCUCCAGACUCCGGCUCGGUGAUAGAGUGUAUCCCGUCUUGUAGGGGCGAGGAGCCGGCUAAGUAUGAGCCGAUCACGCAGGCUGAUUAUAAUCGGAUGAGGGCCUCUAUGCAAUACUGA